GUGGUAGCUUUGUAUUUGUUUACUUUGUGGUCACAUUUUCAACAGUUUGCACAUCCAUUCAAAUUAACAGUUGGACAACCUAAGAUUAGUCAGAGGCAAUCAGUGCAUCCGUUUACCCGUUGUGGUGGUCAGGGCACAAACAGACACUUACACACAGCAGCAGCAGCAGCAGCACUCAACGAUCAACAGGUCGCAUCAUGUUGAACUCGAGCUUGUGGAUGCCUUGUAAAGGCCUCUAAUACUUGCAACCUGUGGAAAUCAGUGAGUUGAGGUAAUUAGAGGCCUAACACAACCCUCCGUCUAUAGUGACAGCGGCUGUUGUGGAGGCAGUUAAGCUGGAGGAGAACUUGGAUGUGAUUGAUAAUGUCACUGAGUGGUGAAGUAGUGUCUGACUGUCAGCUUGAUGGGGGGUGUAGGCUGAUCUUGAAAUCAUCGCCAAUGGGCUUGAGGCUUCACUGGCUGACUGAUGAAGGAGGGAAGCAGAAGAUGCUGUAUGGCACUUCAUGCCUGUCCACUGUCAAGUGUGGUGGAUGUCUUUACCCUGUGUUCCUAGACACUGCAAUAGAAAAGGCAUUGUUUAAAAAUUCAGUACCCUUCACAAAAUCCAGUGGAUCCAGAAAUACUCCAUCAGCUGCUCUAGUUGUGUGUGGCCUUGGAACAGUCAUGGCUGCUCACUGCAAGUUGCCUGGUCAGUGUGUUGCAGUUUGCCACAUGGUUCAAUCCAUUUUAUGGACUGGAAUUUUGGAAGUUGACAACAAAUCAGUUAUAGUUGUGGUCAGUAAAGGGACUACAAUCAGUUUUGGAAGAAGUGGAUACCAAGAAGGGUUUCAUGGAAAAGAGUCUCAGUAUGCUGGAUUAUUGUGGAACACCAAAUCCCUGCCAACAGUCCCACUAACAUGCUGUGGUCACCAAAACAUGUUGCUGAUCUCUGAUGGAUCUAUGUGUUGGUUAUCUCAUGUUUCCUGUUCAGAAAAGGGUAAAAUUGUUUUGAGAAGCAGCAAGAUGUGUAUUCGUGGGAUCAUUAGAAUUUCAUGUGAAGAAAACAUUAAAAUGUACUCAUGUGAUGGUAGGCAAUAUAUUUGUACUUGGGACAUCCUUAGUGGAAAGAAUGGUGCAGAAGGCUGGAAACAAUCUGUAAAAGAUAAUGACACAGAACUUCCUCACACAGUUAAUGAUAUAAUGAAAGCAAUUGGAAAAUGCUCACAGAUUGUAAAUGUGGAAGGAAAGGCUAUCCAGACACUCUUGCUGUACAUUAAACAGCUUAGUUUAGCACAAAGGCUGCUAGCAGAUCAGAAAUAUGUAUUUUUACCUUCUGUUAGAGUGGAAAAAGGUUUGGAAAACAAAGACUAUUUUGCCAAGCUACAACUUAGAAAAGCUGAAGCUGAUAUUGAUUUAAGGGGAAGAUGGUGGGCACUAUGUUUGGUCAUCAAUGUAAGUAAUGGUAAGUCAGUGUCAAGCAUCAAACUUACAGAUGAACAGCUGAGAUCAAAUGUUUAUAAUACAAUGCUGACCUUACCUCCUUUUGAUUUCUCCAGUGCUUCAGGACACAUAGAGAUACUGGCCUACCUUGUGCUGGAAGGCUUCACAUCAUCUUGGGCUAUGUGUAAAGUUCUAGCAUGUAAAGUUCAGGUUGAUGUUUUGAACUUUGUAGAACCAGAAUGCAAUCUAAGUACAAGCUCCUCAAGACUUGAUGUUGGGACUGCAGCAGGCAGUAAUGCAAGUGUAACUUCAGCUCUGAGGUCAGGUCUCAGAAGGUAUCCAUACCCUUUCUGUGAGAUCUCUGUAUCAUUUAUGUAUAGUAGUAAGAUUAUGGAAUUAGUGUGUAAAUUGCUCAAUCUCGCUGUCGUUAAAGAUCCUAAAGCAAAGAAAAGUAUGCAAACAAUUCUUUGGUAUAAAGAUAAUAAGAUAGAUGUAGAAUAUAUGGUGGAAAACCAAAAGGUAUUAAUCAAACUAAAAGGUUCCAAUCCCUAUAUAGUGGUGUCAUCAAAGGCUGCUCUAGAAAAAAUAGUUAGAGAGUUGAAGCAGAGUGUCCCAGUAGUGACUUUGCCCCCUUCAGUUAUGAGAGAAGCUUGCUUUACAUACAGACUUCUCAAUUUUGAAGAAAACCAUGCUAACACAGUGACCACAAUUACUCACCUGUACCAUGCCAUUACCAAGCUCUCAUCACUCAUUCCUCUUCGAUAGCAGAAACAUCCCAUUGGUAUUAUUUUAAUGGAAUAUGUAAUUUAAUCCUGAGAGGGCGUGAGUGUCAAGUCAGUGGAGAUGGACUAUUGGAGAGAAACUGGUCUGGUUUUUGGAAGUAUGUGUGUGUGUGUGUGUGUGUGUGUGUGUGUGUGUGUGUGUGUGUGUGUGUGUGUGUGUGUGUGUGUGUGUGUGUGUGUGUGUGUGUGUGUGU